CCUGACGUCACGGGCGGAGGCUAUAAAGCGGGGGCGGGCGCGCGGCCCGGCCAGUAGCUGCAGGCGGCGGGUUCGCGGCGCGGCGCCGCUAUGGGGCAGCUCUUCGCCAAGCUGAUGAGCAUCUUCGGCAGCCAGGAGCACAAGGUGAUCAUUGUUGGCCUGGACAAUGCAGGGAAGACCACCAUCCUCUACCAGUUCCUCAUGAACGAGGUGGUGCACACGUCACCCACCAUCGGCAGCAACGUGGAGGAGAUCAUCCUGAGGAAGACCCACUUCCUGAUGUGGGACAUCGGGGGGCAGGAGACGCUGCGGUCCACGUGGAACACCUACUACUCCAACACGGAGUUUGUCAUCCUGGUGAUCGACAGCACCGACCGCGAGCGGCUGACAGUGACGAAAGAGGAGCUGUACAAGAUGCUGGCCCACGAGGACCUGCAGAAUGCGGCGGUCUUGAUAUUUGCCAACAAGCAGGAUGUAAAGAACUCCAUGACUACCUCUGAGAUCUCCAAGUUCCUAACGCUCAGCUCCAUCAAGGACCACCCAUGGCACAUCCAGGGCUGCUGCGCCCUCACGGGAGAGGGCUUGCCAGCUGGCUUGGAGUGGAUGAAGUCUCGAGUAGCAGCCAACUGACACAUCUGGCCAGACAUAUGACGGAACAGUGCAAAGCUCUCAAGCAUCUUAUUUAUUUUUUUAUACAUGUGAGUUUCAGCCUGGACUUCCCUUCUAAAGCAGCUGAAGCUGGGAUUUUGUACGGACAGUGUAUUUCGGAGCCCGGGUCAGCAUGGGAGCUGGUCCCUCCUGGAUUGCAUGUCUGGAAGGAAUCUGGAUCAUAUCUGCUGGGUGGUGGAUCCGUUCUGGAUCGUGUCUCUGAGGGGAAUCGGUUCUGGGUCAUCUCUCUUCUGGAUCACAUCUGCAGAGAGGGAAACCAAUAGGAAGAAAUCUCUCUGCUCCAGGCCUGCACUUAAGUAAAAGCUGGAACAAAGAUGCCUGGAGCAUGGGAAUUUUAAGCACAUGCAGGCCCAGCGCCACUUCCAGCAGAUUUACCAAUAAGCUAUGAAAGGAAGAACCUCACCCUCCGGAGUCCGGUUAACAGGAAAUGCCUUAGCUCUUCAGAUGGGGAUUGGGGAUAAACUUUGCUAGAGGGCUGGGGAGAGGGGUAAUAACCUCUAAACCCCAGUACCCCUCUGCGCUGCCCUUGCUCUUCUCCAAACUCGUGUGGUGUUUGGGGCGAGCAUCCGAAACCUUCGGGACACUGACGUUUCCCAGGAUUUGCUCUGCGAUCAUCCCCGGGUCGCUUAGCGACGCAUCGACCAGCGCGCACUGGAUGUUUCCUACCAUUGGUGCUUUCCCUUGGCCCGUCUGAUCGAGGCCUUGAACAUCUUGUAUUUUAUAUUUUUUAACACAAGCAGGAAAGGGCCGGCUCCGUGGCUCUGUUCCUGAGUAUUUCUCUCUUCUGCCGUGGCCCCGGAGCAAGGACACAGAUCUGGAUUCAGGCCCCUCCUCCAGCACUGUUGGAGGGCAGAGAUUCAGUGAGGGUGGGAAGAGCUGCCCCAGCCACGCCCCGGGGAGCAAAUUUCCCCCUUCACGACGGUUCAUACCCAUCUCUUCCACCAGGAGCCACUAAUGGGUCAGGCCCAGCAGGGCCAGAUCCAAGCGCCACUUGAUCCGUGUGGGACCUGGCAUCAGGACCAAAUCCAAGUCCUGGAUCUGGACUCAGGGAUGUUUGGCUCUGAUCUAUCCAGCCCGUGUCCCAUUUCUACUGAAGAUCGAGUCUCGCUCCGGAGGCAGCAGGAGCUGAGGGUCAGGGAGACCCGCCUGGGUUCUGCUCUUGCAGACUUGCGGGGAAUGACUUAGCUCUUCUGUACCUCAGUUUACCCUGUUGGCAAAUGCCUGCCGUUGUAGAGUGACCUGGAAUCCCUGGAUGUGAAGGAUGCUGGAUAAGCACAAAGGACUUGGGGUGGGGGUGAGGGGAGGUCACUAUCGGGGGUUCCACUGUUCUCCGGUGCAGUGCUCUAAACUGGUGUGACCCCAAAACCCAUUGGAAAGGUGCCUGUUGAAUCCAUUGGGCUCUGGAUCAGCCCCUUAACUAAUCUUCUUCAGUUAAGUGCUUUUAACUAAUUAAACUUGUCCCAUGAAUUUGCAUUUGCACAGGCCCCCUGCCAGGCUCAGAGGAGCAGGACAGCGUGUCACAGCUUCCUGCCUUGGGCUCAGAUGGGGUUUUUUACAAUUUCUGGGAUGAUCCAUUUGACUCUCCAGUUCUGUAUUUUUUUAUAAAACUCGUGUCUUGUAUUUUAUACCUGAUUAAAGGCUCCGCUAUUUAAUUUUUUGCA